CGACUGCUGAAUCUGUUUUUUUGUUUAGUUGUUCUUGCUUUGCCCACCAGCGAUCUCGAGUGCACGCAAUGAUCGGCAGUUUCCGUCGCCACCUAUCCUCGUUCUCUCGUAAUCCGCUAUAGAUGCUACAAAGCAUCAGACUCUCUUCGUCCCGCGAAGCUGGUUGUUGAUCACUUGACCCUUUAUCGGCGGCCUUGCCACUCUUGUGAAACUACGAGAUUUCUUCUGCUGCUAUUCUGUCGUUGUAGGGCCGUCGUAUCUCUACCGAGCGAGUAAGUGGACAGGCACGCGUCUUAUCAACUUUGUAAAAGCCUGACGCGCUGAAAAGAAACCGAGCGACUCCAUCUCGCACAUCGUGUUGUGCAGUCAACGCCUGCAGAUGACGAAAUUCACGGGACAAUGCUUCAUAUUCGCCCUUCUUUUGACGUGUUCCGCCAUCUCCCGAGGUUCGUGCUGCGAAGAACCGCGCUGCCAAUCCAGCUGUCAUCUGAAAACGCUACGAGACUUCUUCGACGACUUGCAAGACUCUGCGAACACCAAGGAUGUCAGCGACCUCGUGAAUUUCGCCCGGCAUUUUUGCAAGGCUAAAUAUACAGAGAGGUCACCAUGCGAAGCGUACGAAGGUCUUGAAGAACGUGAGCCUGGUUCGUCUUGGGAGUUUAAGCAUCUAUACCCAGCAGUUCGGCAAUUUGUUUGCAACGGAGAACUGCGGACAUGGCAAGUGAUCAAGCGAAUGUUUACCGGCGACAACGAAAAUUACUGCUUGCGAGCAUUUGCUGCAGUGAGAAAGUGGCCACUUCCAGGAGCGGCACUGUGCAACGAGAUCGCGAGCAGUUCAAGAAACUGCAGCACGGAUGACAAAGUCGAGAGAGAAGUUUUAGCAUUGGCUGCUACAGUAACGCGAGUGCUGAAUUGCACAGCGCGAGUCGGGGAGCACUUCCCGCACGCACAACCAGCUCGGCAAGUGGCUUCAAAGCAUCAACGAACUACAUGUCAGUAUCGAAAGGCGGUGAACUGUCUGACAGAUUUCAUGAUAAUCUACACGAGCAAAGUUGCAGCCAUUGCCAAAAAGAAGCAAGAGUUGAAGCAGAAAAUCGUUGACGAGAUAUGUCAACGACCUGCGGGCAUCUGCGCAUCGACUCACUCGACGGACGACUGCAGCUCGCAGCAGAGAAAUGUCGUGAAACGUUUCGAGGACGCAAUGAGCGCGAGUGUCGCCGAGGUCUGCCGAGAAGACGCCUCUUUCGUCAAGAACAUGUCCAGAACACUCCACUGCUUCGACUUGCUCAAACUGAACGACUGCUUAAAUCCUAACGGCAUGUUCAGUGCAGUCGCCAUCUUUUCAACAAGACACACGCCCGAAAUGUGCAGGGUCAUCGAGAACAAGGUCACCCGCUGCUUGGACAGCGCACUGCUGAGCCCGGAUGAGUGCGGAGAACGUGCCGACGUCGAGGGAGUGCGCAAUUUGUUCCGUCUGUUCCUUGCCAACGUGGACUGCUCCAAGCAGAGCAGGAGCGACACCGCCCGACCACUGCCAGGCUCCAGAUUGUUCGUGUUCGCGGCAGCAGCAGUUGUGUUACUGCGGCGUAUAUGAUACGAUGACGGAACUAGAUGGAGCAGUUGAGAACGAGAACUGGUUACUUGGAGAAGUUUUCAGAGUUAGGUUCGUGAUCGAAGAGCAGCGGGACGAACGCCGUGUGGCUAGAAAAAAAAUAUGUGGUUGAAUCAAUAAAUUAGGAACACGAGCGCUAGCUAUACCAACUUAGAUUUUAGUGGAUAAGGAAUGUGUUGAUAAUAAGAGAGACUAAAGGAUUACCAAAAACAUAUUUUCAAUGGUCAGAGCCCACGCUAAACCUCGGAGCAUUGCAUCUCAAGGAAAUAAGGUGACAGAAGCGUGAGCCGGCUUUCAGCGGCUGUGCACAACCCUGAGCUUGCUUUCUCGAAUCUGUGCGCCCCAUGAUCUUUUAUGUGGUAACUUUUGUUUAGCCCUUCGCUUAGUAACCUCCUUUACGUAUUUUAGCAGUGUUUUAUCUGACGAUCUUACUUACUUGUGCACACGCUAUGUUCGAUUAUCGCCUCGCCUUCUAUGUACCUAUAGAUGAAUUUAUUGUCUAAUAAGGAGCGCGAUAACGUAAAGUUAUUCCUCUCUGGUUUUAUUUUAUGUUCCUGACGUGAGAUUUACGUAACCGUGGACGCAAGUGUGCGCGCGGGGUUGGGGGGGGAUGCGCCAUUUUUGGAGCAGCCCAAUCAAACACUCGCAUGGUUUACAGGAGGCCCCUUUUGUUUGUCCUUAAAGCGAAUAGCAUUGCCUACCAUGAAAGAGUUUUCUUAUCUAACCAAUUGACGAAAAACGAGGAGCGCGGACAGGAGGAGCGGGUGUCGAUGGGGCAGAUCUAGAGGACCAAAGGUAGGUCACCACCAGACGAGGCUUGCAUCGGCUUCUCCGAGUGGUCCGAGUGGCGUUGAAGUCACACCGACGUCACGGACGCGAGGCAGGCGUGAGGAGAGUGGUCCGCUGGCUUGGACGAUUUGUCCGUCUCAACGAUGACGGUGGUGCGCAACCGGACAUUAGAAAUGCCGCCAAGACGGAUGGGCCCCGAAGAAAAUUUGGCAGUCCGACGCCUAGGUGGCGAAAUGGUUCGACAACAACGUGCUGACAAGAAUAGCAGCAUCGACUCCACCGGAUGCGAGAGUUCAGCGCUCAGCACCACGAAGCGAAACGUCAAAAAUCAUCUUCGACUAUUUCUGCUAGCAACUGUUCCAAGAAGCACUUCGCUAAUGAUUCGGUGCGGUGUGUCCGAUUGGCUGUGGUUCCAGUCGGACAGUCAGUGCAGAUAACCCAGGAAGAAAUAAACGGACAUAAUUGAUUGCUGUACCAAUA